AUGCAGUGGGUCAUAUUUCCAAUGUUGAAUCCAGACGGAUACGAAUACAGUAGGCAAAAAGACAAUCUCUGGAGGAAAAACCGAAACUUGAAUGUGAACUUGUGCAGAGCGAAUCAAACUGAUCCAGAAAGCUACAUCGUGCCUUGUAAAGAUGACUGUAUUGGCGUCGAUCUGAACAGAAAUUAUGAUGCCAAAUGGGGAACGCAUGAAAUCAACAGAGAUCCUUGUGGUCAUAUUUUUCAGGGAAGUGAAAAAUUUUCGGAAAUCGAAACACGACGACAGAAGGAUGAAAUGAGCCUUCUCAAAGACGUCAAAGCUUAUGUGUCCUAUCACUCUUAUGGAGAAAUGAUUCUUUAUCCCUUUUCCAUGUCGAAAUCUGUGCCUGCAAAGAAUAAGAUGCAGCUGCAUUUUGCUGCGACGAGUAUCAUGAAUGCGAUUCAGAAUCGAACGGGCAACAAGUACGAAGUAAAACGAGGCGGCCCAUCAGACUACGAUAUUGUUGGCAUCAGUUCCGAUUAUUACAAGCUUCGCGGCGUUCAGUACUGCUACACUAUUGAACUCCCACCUUCAAGUGAAGAGCCUGGAUCACUAUCUGAAAAAUUUCAACCUCAUCGCAGCCGAAUCAAAAAAGUCUGUCAAGAAAAUUUCGCCGGAAUAAUCGCGCUUUAUGAAAAAACUCGUCCAGAGAAAAAUGAUUGCACAGAAGAAUGCGUACAUCCGGCUGGAUGCAGCUUCUUUAAAAACUCCAUAAUCUGCGAUCGCAAUAAGUACAGAAAAGGAUGGUGGAACGGCUCAAAAUAUCUGUCGCUAAAUCUCAUUAUUCCAAUAUUUAUCUUUGAAGACAUUGAAAACAAGGAGGAAAAUCUCGAGUAA